AAAGAAAUUUCCCACGAUUUAGGGAGAAUUAACAUACGUUGUGGUCUUACCAUCCCAAUUUUUAAUCUUUAUUUUUUAAAAAAAGAAUAGAAUAGAAAGUGUAAAAAAAAAAAGGACCCAUCAUCAGUAUUGGCUGUAAGCCUUUGAAAACCCGAAUAAAACAGGCUGUAACGCAGCUGUGCUUGGAACAUUACAUUCCCAAUUCUUCCUCUCCUUUCUCUCUCAAAGAAAUUUCUCCAGCAAAAUUGAGGUCAGAAUUCGCGAAGCUUGAAUCCAAACAAUCAUCAUGAGCUCCGUUUUCCAGCUGCAGAGGAAGCAAUCCCUCCCUCUCUCACAGUCGGGGACCCGGGAGGCGUCGGGCCCCGGGAUCCGCCGCCGCCUCUCCUCCCUCUCCCUGAAUCUGAAGAUCCAGCCGUCGUCCUCCCCCGCCGCCGCGUGGGCGAUGCGGCGCUCCAAAUCCGUAUCCGCCAUGGGCGAAUACGCCGGCAGCUCCGUCAGGAAGUGGUGGGAGUGGGGAUGGGGCUGGAUCCUCACCCGAAAACCUACCUUCGCCGCCGAUCUGGAAAUGAACGAGGAAGAGGUCGCCGCCAUCGGCAGCCACAGCAGGGGCAGCUGGCGCCACGUCUUCUACAAGGUCACCUCCCAGCUCCGCCGCAAGCUGCUCGGCGCCGACAAUGUCGGCCUCCCCCAGACCUUCCGCUACGAUUCCUUCAACUACGCGAAGAACUUCGACGAUGGAAGGUCCGCCGCCUCCCUCAUCCACUGAUUUCUUCUACUGCUCCGAUAAUCGUUCUUUCAUUAUUUGCCGGUGUUAUUAUAUAUAUAUCUAUAUCUAUAAUCCGAUCUCGCUCUCGCUCUGGCUCAAUUCCUGCUGCUGUUUCUCUAUAUCGAAAUUCAAUCACGCGUUAUCGGAGGGGGAUCGGCCGGCAUCAAAUAUCUCAUUGUGCGUGUGAUUCAUAUAUAGCGUAUUAUAUGAAUUUGUAUGAUAUUCUUUUUAAUUAGUUCGUUUCAUUUAUUAUGUGUAGCUUGGGUUUGUAAUUCCUUGAAUUUUGAAGAUGACCGCUUAAUUGUAAAAUGUUCCCUACUCCAAUACCUACAAUUCUCGAAAA